CUGGCCGCCAUUUUCCUAACCAUGGUCUGCCUAGCCAGAGGAGAGUUAGAUGUCUGUCCAUUUCCUUGCACAUGUACUGACAAAGGAAAGAGAAUUGAAGUGUUGGAUUGUUCAAAUCUUAACUGGAAAAAAAUCCCUUCCAAAUUUAGUUUCCCUUCUUCCUUAAUACGCCUGUCUCUUGCCAACAAUAAGUUAGCGGUGCUUCACAAUGGGACAUUUAGAAACCUACCGGAUCUCCAGACACUUGACGUAUCGCACAACCAAAUAACAGUUUUGGAAAACUCCUGCUUUGAGGGACUUCAGUCGUUGAUAAAUCUUAAUAUGAGCUAUAACAGUCUCAAGAUGACAACAGAAGUGUAUUCUCCGGGAAUAUUCCGAUUUCUUAAAAAUUUGAAAGUUCUUAAUAUCCACGGAAACAUCAAACAAUCGACCAUGGGUCAGAAUUACCCGGAUGUGGCACUUUCUGAUCUCGAGUUCCUGGAAGUGCUGGCCAUGGAUGGAUUACCAGCUAGCAUAUUUGGAGAUGGGUUCCGGAAACUAAAACAUUUGACUGUCCUAGAUAUGUCGGCCAAGCAUGAUGACAGUUUCUGUGUGUUGAACGACCUUUUCAAUACAACAUUCAGUAGCCUGGACAAGUCUUUAUUGUCUGUAAUGAAGUUAGUAAGUUGCUUUAUAUAUCGCAUAGCACCAGGAACGUUUUCAAUGCUUAAACACUUGUCUGAAUUAGAUUUGUCUGAAAACCACCAUAUGGCUUUCGGUGGUAUGAAGAACGCAAGCUUUGGAUUAGACCUAACAAAUAUUCAGGUUCUGCACCUAAAUGCAAUCAAUAGACACAGUGAUCCUUGGACGCUUAAUGCAGACGAUUUCGUUUAUUUUAAUACGACAAAAAUUAAAAACUUGACUUUACAUACCAAUAAAAUCACAAAAAUUGAAAAUGGCGUGAUAGACCUCCUUCCAAUGUCGUUAGAAUACUUCUCUGUUAAGGACAAUAUACUGACUGACGCACGCUUUAUGACUAGUAUACCUCGCCUGGAAAAUCUCGUGGUGUUAGAUAUAAGCUACCAACUGGAAUAUUCCUCAGCAGCUGGACAAGGGAACAACAAACGAUACCUUCACGUAUCUCCUUCACCAAGUCCAACCGGGAGAAAAGAAAGUGCAAAGCAAGUCCGCAAGUAUGCUAUUUCUAAAACGUCUUUUCUUACCACAAAAUGGGAUAUUUCGCAUUCACGACAAACUGCGACAAACACCAGACAAUAUCAGAACUUUUCUUUACAUCCUCAGAAUAACAAAAGGAAUGAUGUGAUCAAUUUACCUGUGAGUAUGCGGAAAGUCUUCGGAAGUCAUCUUAAGCUCAGUCCUUUGACUGUUCCGGCUUUCACAUUUGAUUCAAACAACUCGGUGGAAUUUCUUGAUCUGUCGUCAAAUGGAAUCCAUGCCUGGUAUGGGAAAUGGUCAGGUUUACAUUCCUUGAGAUUUUUUAAUCUUUCCUUUAAUGCUAUGUUCCGAUUGGCUCCAGACACAUUCGGUGACAUGGCUAAUUUGCAUACUCUCCUUCUGAACGGGAACAGACUCGGUCUUACUAUCAUGCAAGACAAGCAGUUUCUCACUUUUUCCAACCAGACAAAGCUAACUUAUCUUAAUUUGAGUGAUAAUGGUUUUACCGAUCUACCAGAAUUUGUCUUUGCCAAACAAAUAAAUCUGAAACAACUAGAUCUCCAGCAAAACUUUUUGCCUGUCAUAAGUUUCCGAAUGAAAUCGUUAGAAAAUAUAAGAGAGAUCAAUCUUUCAAAUAAUACAAUAACACACCUAACGCGUAUCAAUAUGGAUGAGAUGGAUUAUUUGGUAAAGUUGUCAAACUUCACUAUCGACUUGACCGGAAAUCCUUUACUAUGCACGUGUGACCAGUUACAACAACUCCGGUGGAUGAAGGUAAGAAAAUUCCUGUUCCGGAACUUGAAGAGAUACACGUGUAAAGCUAGCAAUGGUAAUAUUGUUUAUCUUGCUGCGUUGGGUGACAUGACAGGACAAAUGGAAAUAGACUGCAUAGCAAUGGAAGUAGUUCUCAUUUGUGUGUUUCUGUUCUGCGGACUGUGUUUUAUUCUUGCGUUUUCAUCACUGAUCUACUAUAAAAAGUCUCGCCUAAUGUACCUCUUCAGUGUGGGAAGGAAACAUAUUGUUCCAUUAGGAAACAAUAUUAAGGAUGCCGCAACAAAUGAAGAACAAUUAAAAUUCACAGUGUAUGUUUCUGUAGAACCUUCUCAGUCAGUCAAUGAAUUUGUUAAGCGUUUCGAGGCUCACAUGAAAAACAAAGGCGUUUCUAUGUGCAUACCGGAGUUACAUUGGGAUGACCGAUUGAAGGAAACAACAGGCAUAGUUCAUGCCAUGAACAACAGUGCCUGUGUAGUGGCUUUUAUAGAUAACGACUACAUGCUGUCGUUUCAUCGUCUUUUCGAAUUUGAGGUUGCUGUCACUGAAGGAAUUCAGAAUCGAUUUAACAAUCUAAUCGUUGUGUUGUUAGAAGACCUAGACGCAAAACAUUUUCAAAUGAAUGAUUUUGUUGUAAUGUACUGCCGAGAAAAUCAUUACUUUGAUGUUCGUCGGUCUCGAGGUAAAUUAUUCGGCGAGUUAGAAAAUGAAAUUAUGAGAUAUAAGGAUUUUUCUAACAAAAGGACAUAAAUCUCUGACUAUUUGUAAAGUCUGGCAAUUAAUUCUGCUUUAUUUAACAACACAUACAUGUGCUUCUUGACACGUAAAUAAUUUUAUUUCAUUUAACCUAUGGACGGUCGUCAGAUUGUAUUUAUUGUCAAUAUAAAUGCCAUGUGGAUGACAGAU